CGCCAGCGCACCCGAGGGGCGGGGCUGUGGACGGCCGGUCACGUGGGCAAGAUGGCGCUGGGCGGGAGCCGGGCCGCUCACUGCAUCGACCGGCGGCUCCGCACCGGGGACGUGUUGUUGCCCCAAGACCAGCGCGUCGACUUCGGGGCGCUGCUCCUCAGCCCGCUCGUGCUCCAGGGGCUGAGGGAGGCCGGCUUCGAGCGGCCCUCUCCCAUCCAGUUGAAGGCCAUCCCGCUCGGGCGCUGCGGCCUCGAUCUGAUUGUACAAGCUAAGUCUGGGACAGGAAAAACAUGCGUAUUUUCCACUAUUGCACUGGAUUCAUUAAUACUGGAAAAUCCAGCGACACAGAUCCUUGUUUUGGCUCCGACCAGGGAAAUUGCUGUGCAGAUCCAUUCCGUCAUAAUAGCUAUUGGCAUCAAAAUGGAGGGCUUAGAAUGCCAUGUUUUCAUUGGAGGGACUCCGCUGAGCCUGGACAAAGUUCGGCUUAGAAAAUGUCACAUUGCAGUUGGAUCUCCAGGUCGCAUUAAGCAACUGAUUGAGAUCGGCUUUCUGACAACAGCCAGUAUACGGCUUUUUGUACUGGAUGAAGCGGAUAAGUUGCUGGAAGAGGGCAGCUUCCAGGAACAAAUCAAUUGGAUUUAUUCCUCGCUGCCAACAAACAAGCAAAUGCUGGCAUUGUCUGCGACGUACCCAGAAUCACUGGCUCAGCACUUAAUGCAGUACAUGAGGGAUCCCAGUUUUGUUCGACUGAAUCCUACAGAUACAGCUCUGAUUGGGCUGAAGCAGUUUUAUAAGGUUGUAAAUUUCUACCCACUUCCACACAAGAUAUUUGAGGAGAAAGUGCAGCAUUUACUGGAACUGUUCAGCAAAAUCCCCUUCAAUCAGGCCCUGGUCUUUUCAAAUCUCCACAGUAGAGCUCAGCGUCUUGCGGACAUUCUCACCUCAAGAGGACUUCCUGCUGCCUGUAUUUCAGGCAGCAUGAACCAGAACCAACGGCUUGAAGCCAUGUCGAAACUAAAACAGUUCAAAUGUCGGGUUCUCAUCUCCACUGACUUGACCUCCCGAGGAAUUGAUGCCGAAAAAGUGAAUUUAGUUGUUAACCUUGAUAUUCCUCAAGACUGGGAGACAUAUAUGCAUCGCAUUGGAAGAGCCGGCCGUUUUGGCACUCGGGGUAUAUCUGUGACGUACUGUUGCCGUGGUGAAGAGGAGAAUGAAUUGGGAUUGAUAGCACAGCGUUGUAAUCUUCAGCUUCUAUCCCUUCCCGAUCCGAUCCCAUCUGGAUUACUGGAAGAGCCAGUUGACUGGGACAUGAAUGUUAUUAAGAUGCAAGAGGCUGAGGAUCCAUCCCUUGCAACUGCCACGCCACCUCUUGAAGUUGACUUUUCAGCCACUGCAAAGCAGCAGUCCCCAGACUCCGAGCUAUUAUCCCUCUCCACAAUUGAACCUGCUGGAAAGAAGUUCGCAAAUCGAAAGGUUCAGAAGUCGAGGAAGGUGCCAACUGCAAAAGAAGGUCAGGAUCUGCUCGGGGGAGAUGCUGGAAGGACAACGGAGAUCAGUGGUGGCUACGUGCCUGACAAGGACAUCAAAAUGAAAGUGCAGUCAAAUCUCUCCGGCGCUCUGUCCCUCGAGGGGUGUCAGCCAGUAAUUAUAGAGCCCGCCAUCACACUUCAAGAGAAGAAGGCAUUGCAGGAAUCCCUUCCCAAAAUCUCACCGUUGACAUUGUUUAAGAAAAGGCUGAAACGUGAGAAGAGGUUGCUGAAUUUCUUGGAAAUCGUGAAGGAUUAUGAGAGCUUUCUCACGGAGCGGAACGAGAAGCCGGUGGAAAUAGUCAGGCAGUGGAAGAGUUUCUUGAAGGAGAGGUCACUGGAUGAAAGCGAAGAUGCGGAAACCACGGAGCUGGUGUAUGUGGAACAGAUGAGCAGGGAGGAAAACAGCAAACUAUUUUUGAGUAAAAGGGACAUGGUACGUUUGCAUACCUCUCAAAGAUGCACAGAACCACCUGGGUCUGAUAACCAAGACCUGAGUGAUUCUAAUUCCAGCACUAGCUCAUACACGAGAAGCAGGACCAGCAGUAGAGAAUCAUCCACGGAGGCUGAGAUGCCGAUGAUUGCACAAGUCUCUAAAGAAGACCAACUGAAGCAAGACCAGAGCCCAGUGACAUUGGACACUCUCCACCCCAACCAGAAGAGCUUUCCAACUAUCCAAUCUCUUGGUGGGCUGCUGGGUAGUGCCCAUUCUGAUUCUUUUUCCAAUGAAUCUUCCACGAGGCCACUUGAAAGUGAUAAAGGGUUAGGGCACAAAAACCCCUCCCGGAGAGGCAGGUCUCCUCAGUGUGAUGUGAAGAGAUUGAAAGGCAGUCCUAAGUUUGGAUCAGCUAGGACAGCCAAAGUGCCUCAUGUCAUGGAAGCGAAUGCCAAGGAUGCAACAUUCCCUCAGAGUGAAAGUUCACACUUACCCGCUGACCCUGAAAAUGCAGGCGAUUACUGGAAGUCUUAUUAUCAUGCCUGGCGGAGUUACUAUGCGGCCAUCGGCUACCCUUACUAUGGAAGCUCGGAGAGAAAUUCAGAUUGGUUGAAAUCUUACCAGAUGAACUCUGUGUAUCUUAAGGAGCUGUUCAAACCAUAACUAUCCAGCUUGGUUUGCAAAACUUUUGUACUAAAGCUAUGUUGCCCCAAUAAAGGUUUUGUCAUUGUAUGAA